GCCUCCGAGCCCAGGGAACUUCCCAGUCCGUGUCGGCGACGAGGAGCAAACCGUAAAAUAGCGCCUCAGGUUUUGGUUGGUUGGUUGCCUUUCACAGAUGCCUACUGCUUGCAAUAGGCAGCCUGGUAAAAUGCACCUAUGGAAACGGUCGCCGGGGCGGCACACAGCCGCUUCCGGAAGUUCUUUGACGUUUUGGUAAAAUGGAGCAACUGGACCAAUGCGGCGCCCUUUCCGGUUUCGUUUGUUCUAUCCCAGUUCUUUACCAAAGUUGCCGUUGUCCCCGGAAGUGAGGUCUUCCGGUUUCUUCCCUCCCCCAUGAUGGCUGCAGCAGAAGACGAGUUAUUGCUGCCACGGCUCCCCGAGCUGUUUGAAAGCAGCAAGCAGCUUCUGGAGGAAGUGGAAGUAGCUACUGAACCCACCGGUUCCCGGCUAAUCCAAGAUAAGGUGUUCAAGGGACUGGAUCUGCUUGAGAAGGCUGCCGAAAUGUUGUCGCAGCUUGACUUGUUCAGCCGAAAUGACGAUUUGGAAGAGAUUGCUUCCACCGACCUGAAGUACCUGAUGGUGCCAGCAUUUCAAGGAGCACUCGGCAUGAAACAAGUCAACCCCAGCAAGCGUCUAGAACAUUUGCAGUGGGCUCGAGAACACUUUUUAAACUACUUAACUCAGUGCCAGUACUAUCACGUGGCACAGUUUGAGCUGCCCAGAAACAAGAACAACUCAGCUGAAAAUAAUACUGCUAAUUGCUCCAUGGCCUAUCCUAACCUCGUUGCUAUGGCGUCUCAAAGACAGGCUAAAAUAGAGAGAUACAAGCAGAAGAAGGAGGUGGAGCAUAGGUUGUCUACGCUGAAAUCUGCUGUGGAAAGUGGUCAAGCAGAUGAUGAACGUGUUCGUGAAUAUUACCUCCUUCACCUUCGAAGGUGGAUUGGUAUCAGUUUAGAAGAGAUUGAGAGCAUUGAUCAGGAGAUAAAGAUCCUGAAAGAAAAAGACUCUUCAAAAGAGGCAUCAACUUCCCAUUCAUCUCUUCAGGACAGGCCUCCAAGGAAACCCUUCAUUCUCACUCGGAACGUAACCCAAGCCAAAGUAUUUGGAGCUGGUUAUCCAAGUCUGGCAACUAUGACAGUAAAUGACUGGUAUGAGCAGCAUCGGAGAUACGGAGCAUUACCAGAUCGGGGAAUAGCCCAGACAACACCAGGUGUGCUGGCUCGUGGUGGUGGUGUGACAAUUAAACGAAUAGUGGCAGCCGUUAUGAUAGACUCAAGCAACUGAAGAAAAUUGACAUUACUUGGAGCCCAACCACCCCACCUCAUAAGACACUGCCAACCUUGCCAUUUGAUCAACAGAGGAUUGACAACCACUUCUGAGACAGGCACUCUACACGCUGAUUUCAUUGCACCCUCAGGAAGAAUAAUGAGCAACAAGGUCCUAGAAAAUUAGGCAAAUAGAGACUUUGACAUAGUCUCAGCAUUCUCAUAGGCUGCUUUAAGGCAUCAUUCACUACUUCCUUUCCUUCAGCCCCUAUAUCCAAUCAACUGCCAAACCCUGAAAAUUCUGCCUCCAUAGUAUCUUGCAAAUUGGUUUGAGAAAUAGUAGCCUAUUUCAGGUUCCCAUUGCCUCUCAUCUAAAUCACUGCAGCUCUUAGCUGAUCUCCUUUCCGACAGUUUCUCCUGUUCCCACAGUUAUUCCAAGUUAGCUUACUGAUACGCAGAUAUGAUCAUGCUACUCCUCUGCUUAAUAACCUUCACUGGCUUCCCAUUCCAUUCACGGUCAGGCCUAAUCUCCCCAGCUUCCUUCCCAGCUUCCUCUCCUUUUCUGCGGCCCCCAUGCUCCCUGUACUUUUUCAGGUUAUGAUGUUACUCAUGGGCCUUGGACUCUUCCAUCUUGAGGCCUUUUUCAAGCUCUUCCUUGUGCAUGGAAGGCCCUUCCUCCACUAUCCAUCUGUCGAAAUCCUACUCUUCCUCCAAAAUGCAGCUUAAAUCUUACCUUCUGAAAGAAGCUUUUCUAGCUUUCCCAGUAGUAAGGAUGGUCUUCUCUUGGGUUCCCAUAAAAUGACAUUUGAACUCUGACUAUAUAGUUUUCACCCUCUGGGAUGUCUCCAUUAUUUAUGGUAUCAGUCUUCCCCACUAAACUAUGAGUUUCUGGAGAGCAAGAACUUUAUUUUUUACGUGUAUUAAUAUGACUUAACACACGGAAAGUGCUUAAAAUAGCUCUUGGCACAUAGUAAAGUUUCAACAAAUGCCACUACUUUUUUUCCCAAAGUUUGGAGUGAAGGUACAUGACCUCUCUGAGCCUCAGUUUCUUCACGUGUAAAAUGGGGAUGGUGGGGUUAUUUCUUAGGCUUGUGAGAGGAUUAAAUGAGAUAACGCACAUUGAGUGCUGAACAGAGUGUUAAUAAUAAAUACUUGAAACAUGGUAUCCAUGACCAGACUUACAUUAUUUUCAUCAUUCCCAUAUUCACUCUCUUCACCCUUCUCCUUUCAGUCCUCAAUCCUAUCCCCAUGGCUUCUAGCACAGAGACUUCACAUGAAGUGUGCACAAUGUUUGUUGAAUUAUUAAAUUACCUUUUACUCUCACA